AUGAGCAGAUUUUAUAACGAAGUGUACGAAUCAUUUUAUUUGGAACGGGUUGGCUAUUUUGGUGGAAACAAGAAGGCCUUUAAGAAAGCAUUCCAUGAAGAAGCGAGAAGGGAAUACGACAAUGAGAAGGCGGUAAAAAAAAUUAGAGAGCAAUUAGCGCAACUGAAAUCUGUAAAGGAUCCUUCUAAGGCUGGAUUUCUUCUAAGAGAAAACCACAUUCUCAAGCCGCAUGAUUCAACGACCAUAACGCAGAACAUGUUACACAUAAAGAGGGUCGAAACUUCAAUCGAAACUUUACAAAAAAAAAACCUAAAGGAACACUUAGAAAGAACAAUCCAUUCAUCAGGUAGAGUUUUAACAGGACAUAAAACUGCACAUGACUUUGAUGAGCAAAAGCUAACCGAAUUGCAGGGUUUUAGAAAUGAAUUACACACUUUAAUAACUAGUCUAAGU